AUGUUCGAGACGCGCAGGCCAUUAGUUGCAAUCAACAACAAACAGAACAAUAGCUUACUGUCUAUUGCUGACCUGCUACCAGCAGCAGUAGUCUGGUUUGAGCUAUAUACUUAUAAGAUUAAAAGUCUCUGUCUUUCAAGUCAGGACUUUAAGUCCUUGACUAUUGGUAAUCUCGCGGGAGAAGCACACAUUGUCCCGGCCACUGGUUUUAGCACUUCAAGAUGGCUCUUCUGGAGGCGACGCCUGGAGGAGAUUAGCCAAAGUGACCAUGCUGAGACGGCCGCUUUGGCACAGCGGGGGCUGAGGGUUAUGCAGUCUUGGGGUGAGCGAAUCUUAGCCAAUGAAAACGAGAACGCCUAA